AUGGAUGCCUUUAAUGGAAGUUGGAAACUUGUCAAGAGUGAUCAUUUCACCGAAUAUCUGUCAGCACUGGGUGUUUCAGAAGAAGAGAUAAGUGUUGCCCAAUCACUUAAACCAACUUUAACAUUUCACCAGGAUGGGGAAUCUAUAGUUAUUAAAUCAGUAAACAUAAUUUUUACUAGCGAGGUCUGGUUCAAGCUGGGUGAAGAGUUCAGUGAGGAAACCAGGGAUCACCGUAAAUGCAAGAAUGUUAUAACGUUGGAUGAAGGCAAACUUGUACAGGUGCAGACGUGGGAUGGGAAACAAACCACAAUUGUUCGUGAGAUCAUGGAUGACAACAUGUUCAUGACACUGACCUUUGGGGACAUUGCAUCCACCUCACCUAUAAGAAGAUAUAAAUGA